UCUUUAAACUUACUAAAAUUGAAUUGAAUAACAAACAAAAUGUUUGCGAAGAUGCUGAUGAUUUGGGCGACUGCCGCUGUUUUCACUGGGGUUCUCACAAUCGAGAGCAUGGAUGAAAUAUUUAUCAACCAGACUCUAUCAUAUUCGGCGCUGCGAGAUAAAGCAUGUCUGGUUGCGCUUAUAAAAAGAUGUUAUAUUGAGGAUCACGAAGCAACAAAUGAUACAGCUUGCAAAAGCUUAUUUUAUAGCUAUAUGUGCUCAAAACAUUUUGGGCAUACUGAGAAGAAGUGCGAAACGUUUGUCAUUGGAGUUAUUCCAUCGGGCAGCCUGCCGCUAGAAUGCAACGAUAAUUUCUAUGGUCUCCAUCCAUCCGUAGCGGAGGACCAUGAGCCAAUAUAUUGUAUGGAUGAGGCCCGAGAAAUGCGUAAACACCCCGGCAAGAUCAUUGCGCAUAUCGUCGGCUACAGCACGUCUGUGACUGCCUUGGCAGCCGCGCUCAUGAUGUUUUUCUGUAUUAGAACUCUACAAUCCACAUUAGGAAGAAUACAAAAGCAAGUGUACAUAGCGGUGCUAAUAAAUAAUCUAUUGUGGAUAAUUUGGUAUAUGACGAUACUUUACGAUAUCAGGUUUAUAACAGGGAACAAGUUAAUAUGUAAGAUAUUCCAUGUCGCUGUGAACUACUUCCUGGCUACUAGCUAUUUCUGGUUACUGGCUCUGUGUUUUCAAAUGCAGGAGCUGGUUAAAACUCUUGUUGUUGAAAAUAUGUGGCCAUUCUUCUGGUACGGGCUUCUAGGGUGGGGUGCACCUCUAGUUGUGGUGUCCACCUACACCGCCAGCAGAUACUUCCUAGAGGAUACUGACAGUUGCUGGCUUCGACAAGUUAAUAGCAGUAUUAUUUUAGCAUUGCCUAAUACCAUAGUUGUAAUAUAUUCAUUCUCGGUAGUAUUGUGGCUGUUAGGUAAAACUACUUCUGACAUACUUAAGGGCACUAACGAAAGUACUAAAGUGGCCAGCUUAAAAGCAGCCCAUGCAUCUUUAUUCCAGCUCCUACUUCUUGGUAUACUGAUGCUACUUUUGCCGCUAAGACCUAGCUCUGAGCUGAACGAUGAGAAUGUUAUUUGGGACAUUGUUUGGAUCCUGCUACAGAACAGUCAAGGUAUUUGGUUUGCGGCGUUUUUGAGCUCAUCCAAUGUAGAAGUGCGGGCUUUCGUAAGAAGAUAUCUGCCAGCAUGUUUAGUACGACAAGACGAUGAUAUAGAAAUGGCGGGAACGAGCCGCGGCAACCGUAGCGGCCAGGGCAGCCAGGGCAGCGGCGGCAACCUAAGCACCAAGAGCACCAAGACCACUCAUGCGAGGCCAUCAAAACAGCAACUAAAUUUAUAA